AUGAAGCUCCAAUUCCUCAUCUCCGCCUUCGCCUUUAUCAGCAGUAUCGUCAACGCCGUCGCCCUGCCUCCAUCCCAUCAGCCCGGUGACAUGCCUGACCCCCUCGCCAUCCGCGAUGGCAGGCCCAGCGGCGCAAACUGCAAUUCUGUCCCACAAUGCUGCAAGGCCACCCACUCCAGUGAGGACAGGUUGGUCAUCCAGGGACUGAAGUUGUUCGGGUUAGAUCAGGAGGCCGGGAAGAGCAAGGGCUCUGUUGCCACCCAGUGCAAACAGAUAAAUGAAGAAUUAAACCUCGAUCUAAUUAAUGGAUGCAACUCUAAUGCUAACGGCCUUUCGAAAGGGCCCGCGUUUGACUUGUUCAUUGACUAG